AUGGGGCUCGCUGACUUAUGGGGCCACCACUGGGCGGGAAUCCUGCUUGCAGCCUUGCUUUUGACCAUGUGGAGUCCACCAGCUGCAGUCCAGUUCACCCUUGAUGCCACCCCACUUACCACCACCCAAGGUGAGAAGGAUGUUGUUCCAUCUAGGUCUGGGACCCCCUGGGCACCCCAGACUCGUGGCAGAUCCAGAGAUGUGGAACUGCCCGGCAGGCCCACCAUUUCAAUCAGCCCGGACACUGCCAUAGAGCAGAGGGAACAGGUGACCCUCUACUGUAACACCAAGGAUGCCAACGUUACCAUCCACUGGUUCUCCAACGAUCUCCCCCUGGUGUUCCAUGAGCGCAUGCUGCUGUCUACAGACGGCAAGAAACUCACCAUCCUCACUGUGCAGCAGGAGGACUCUGCGACUUACAAAUGCAAAGCUCAGGGUUUCUACCAGGUCCAGAGCAGUGAUCCCACCUUCCUGACUGUGAACUAUGGUCCUGACCCAUUUGAAAUCAAGUUGGAUUCUGGUGUAUCCAGCGGGGAGGUGGUUGAGGUGAUAGAGGGCUCCAGUGUGACCUUCUCUGUGGAAACACCGUCUCACCCACCUCCUGCCUAUUCCUGGUUUCUCAACAAUAACGUCACUCUGUCUUCCACCACGAGAACAUUCACCAUCCAGGCUGUGUCCACGGAACAUGAAGGCACGUACAGGUGCUUGGUGUCCAACCGUGCCACCCACCUGCUCCGCCUGGGUGCUCUUGAAGUCCGAGUCCUUGAAAUGCUGACCAAGCCUAACAUUGUGUCCCCAAGCCUAAAUCUCGUGGAAAAUGCCAGCUCCGUGACCCUGACCUGCCAGACCUCCCACAAGGGGGCUGGAGUCCUGUGGUUCCUGAGGGGCCAGGCCCUCUUGCCUAGCAAGCACCUGGUGCUGUCGGCCGACAACAGGAGCCUGGUCAUCCACGGUCUCCAGCGAGAUGACACAGGACCCUACGAGUGUGAAGUCUGGAACUGGGGCAGCCAGGCACGAAGCAAGCCCCUCACGCUCACCAUCAGCUACGGCCCUGAUCGAGUGGACAUCACCAGAGGGGCAGCAUCUGGAGUGGUCAGCACCAUCAAGGCGGAGCUCAACUCCAGCCUGACCCUGCAGUGUCAGGCGGAGUCCCAGCCGGGCGCCAAGUUUCACUGGACCCUUGAACACUCCACCACCGUGUAUAUGGGCAAGCACUUAAUCAUCGGGGCCCUGACCUGGGAAGACCAGGGCAUCUACAACUGCACGGCCUCCAACCCACUGACCCACCUGGCCCGCUCUGCCUCCGUCCUGGUCAGAGUGGUAGGUCCCAGGUCAUCCCUGUCUGCAAGAGUCAUUGCUGGCAUUGCUCUGGGGAUCUUGACUGUCAUUGCCCUAUCCACAGGGCUGGGCUAUUUCCUCUACAACAGAAACGCCAGACGGUAA